AUGGGAAAGGUCUGCCAGUGGCUUCCUGCCCUGAUCUAUGCCCCUGGGCUGACCAAGGAGGAGGCAGUGUCUCGAGCUGCAGGUGGGGAAACCGAGGCUGGUGAGGAGCCGUCGGAAGGAACCCUCCACAGGGUCUCCCCUGCACGCCGGGGCCAGCCUGCCCUCCGCUGCCCUCUGUUGGCCAUGGGGACGAAUCGACCCUCCAACCUCCCGGCCAGCAGGACCAAGAACGUCCUUGUUGUGCCGGCUUUGGCCAGCUCAAGUCCCAGUACCCGUCUGUCCUUUGGGGGCCAGUUCUCCCUGAGGCUGAUCCACCUGAUUCCCUCCUGGACCCCGGCCGCCUCUGGGGGCUGGGUCCUGCUGUUUGCAGCUGUGACCAGCAGGUUUCCCAGCACUCUGCCCAGGGCAGCCAGGGGGCCUGAGGGCACAGGACACAGCAGCUGUCAGGGACCGGAGUCCCAGUGGGUCUUGGCCUUCGAGAUCUUUAUCCCCCUGGUCCUCUUCUUUAUCCUGCUGGGGCUGCGGCAGAAGAAGCCCACCAUCUCUGUGAAGGAAGUCUCCUUCUACACGGCAGCCCCCCUGACGUCAGCCGGAAUCCUGCCCGUCAUGCAGUCGCUGUGCCCAGAUGGCCAGCGCGAUGAGUUUGGCUUCCUGCAGUAUGCCAACUCCACGGUCACGCAGCUGCUGGAGCGCCUCAACCGCGUGGUGGAGGAGGGCAACCUGUUCGACCGGGCACGGCCCAGCCUGGGCUUGGAGCUCGAGGCUCUGCGCCAGCACCUAGGGGCCCUUGGCUCAGGCCCGGGCACCUGGGAGAGCCACUCUGAAAGACCUGCAGCCUUCUCCUUCUCUCUGGAUUCGGUGGCCAGGGAUCCCAGGGAGCUCUGGCGUUUCCUGAUGCAGAACCUGUCACUGCCCAACAGCACAGCCCAGGCCCUCCUGGCUGCCCGUGUGGACCCUCCCGAGGUCUAUCGCCUGCUGUUUGGCCCUUUGCCUGCUCUGGAUUCAGAGUCAGGCCUCCCCAGGGGUCAGAAGCCCUGGGGCCGCCUGGGUAGCAAUCCUCUACUCCGGAUGGAGGAGCUGCUGCUCGGUCCUGACUUCCUGGAAGAGCUCACAUGUGCGCAGGGCUCCGAGGAAUUGGGCCGGAUCCUCACUGUGCCUGAGGGUCAGCAGGCAGCCCUGCAGGGCUACCAGGAUGCUGUCUGCAGUGGGCAGGCUGCAGCUCGGACCCAGCGCUUCUCUGAGCUGGCCACUGAGCUCCGGGACCAGCUGGACGUGACCAAGAUCGCCCAGCAGCUGGGCCUGGAUGCCCCCAAUGGCUCGGACUCCCAGCAGACGGCCCCACCCCCACGGAGGCUGCAGGCGCUCCUGGGGGGAUCCUCAGCCAGUGGCCCUAGUGGGGUGGCCAAUGGCACUGGCACCGGGGCGGGGGCAGGUGCAGGUGCAGGCUCCAGCUCCAACGCCACCGCCGAGGAGAGCGCCCCGUCUGGUGCAGCCUCGGCCUCCCCAGACACACUGCAGGGCCAGUGCUCGGCCUUCGUGCAGCUCUGGGCGGGCCUGCAGCCCAUCCUCUGUGGUAACAACCGGUAG